AUGGCACCCCGGCUGUACUGCUGUCUGGCAUCCGGCAACUGCUACAAAAUCCGGCUACUGGGCUCACUCCUCGACAUUCAGAUGGAAGAGGUGGAAGUCAACCUCUUCGCCAACGCACAGAAAUCGCCCGACUUCCUGGCGAUCAACCCCAAAGGAGAACUCCCCACGCUCGUGGACGGCGACAAGGUCUUCACGGACUCGAGCGCCAUCAUGGUCUACCUGGCCGGCACGCGGGCCGACCGAGGCUCACAGACGAUGGCCCCCUCCAGCUACUGGUCGUCCGACGUGGUGGAGCAAGCGCAGAUUGUGGACUGGUUGGCCUUUGCCGCCUGUGACAUACACGUCGGCCUGGCCAAGGCGCGCGCCAUCGUGGCGUUCGACUGGCCUGCGGGGACCAGCGAGGAGACUCUCGACGAGGCGAGACGCAAAGGCGUUGCGUCACUGCAGGUUCUGGAACAGAGGCUGCGCAGAGAAACCUGGUUGGCCGUGGGGAGACCGACGAUUGCCGAAAUCGCCGUCUACGUCUAUGUCGCCCUGGCGCCCAUGGGUGGCGUGUCGCUGGAGCCGUUUCCCGCGGUGAAGGCAUGGCUGGCACGGGUGGCACAGCUGCCUGGUUACAUUGGGCCUGAUGGGUUGGACCAGCCGCUGCAAAAGCGGUAA